AACAAUGAAACCCUAACUUCCACUGAGGCCUGCCCGUGAGACGGCUCAUCGUACUCUCAGGUCGAGACGAACUCGAAAAAGGAGCGAUAAUGGAGAGCGCCCUCGCCACCGCCGCUUCCAUUGCGGACCAAAGGCAAAAGAUUGAACAGUACAAGCUCAUUCUUGCAUCAGUUCUCUCCUCUUCCAACGACGUCUCACAAGCCAAGCGUUUCAUCGAUCAUAUGGUGUCGGACGAGGUUCCUCUGGUGGUCUCCAGGCAAUUGCUCCAAACCUUCGCCCAGGAGUUGGGAAGGCUAGAGGCAGACAUCCAGAAGGAGAUCGCUCAUUAUGCUCUAGCUCAGAUUCAGCCGAGGGUUGUGUCUUUUGAGGAACAGGUGUUGAUCAUCAGAGAGAAAUUGGCUGAACUCUACGAGUCUGAACAACAGUGGUCAAAAGCAGCACAAAUGUUGAGUGGGAUUGAUCUCGAUUCUGGAAUUAGGAUGCUUGAUGAUACUUAUAAGCUCUCAAAAUGUGUCCAAAUUACUCGCCUUUAUCUUGAGGAUGAUGAUGCUGUUAAUGCUGAGGCUUUUAUUAACAAAGCUUCUUUCCUAGUCAGCAAUAGUCCGCAUGAAGUGCUGAACUUACAGUACAAGGUUUGUUAUGCUAGGAUACUGGAUUUGAAGAGAAAGUUUUUGGAAGCUGCACUUCGUUAUUAUGAUAUUUCCCAGAUUGAGAAACGCCAAAUUGGUGAUGAGGAGAUCAAUGAGGAAGCACUGGAACAAGCUCUUAGUGCUGCUGUGACGUGCACAAUAUUGGCUGCUGCUGGACCUCAGCGAUCCCGUGUUCUUGCUACCCUGUACAAGGAUGAGAGGUGCUCAAAGCUAAAAAUUUAUCCUAUUCUCCAGAAGGUGAAUCUUGAGAGAAUUUUGAGGAAACCAGAAAUUGAUGCUUUUGCUGAGGAGCUGAAAGCACAUCAGAAAGCUUUUUUACCAGAUAACUUUACUGUGUUAGAUCGGGCUAUGAUUGAGCACAAUCUCCUGAGUGCCAGCAAAUUAUAUACAAAUAUAAGGUUUGAAAAGGAGAGGGAACAUGUGUUCUGUAGUUCCUUAUUCUCAUUGUUUAUUUUUCGAUUUUUUUUUUUGUCUUUCAUGAACAGUUUUGAAGAAUUAGGAGCUCUAUUAGGAAUUCCUCCACAGAAGGCUGAAAAGAUUGCAGCAAGGAUGAUCUAUGAGGAUAGGAUGAAGGGAUCAAUCGACCAAGUCGAAGCCGUCAUUCAUUUCGAGGAUGAUACUGAGGAGUUGCAACAAUGGGACCAACAGAUUGCUGGAUUAUGCCAAGCAUUUAAUGACAUUCUUGAUGAUUUGACAAGUAAGGGCAUAUCGGUGCCGGUCUGAAGUAAAUUUAUGCGUUGGAAAUUCACCAGUUCAUAUGAUCGGGUCAUAUUUCCUGUGAGUGGAACAUCCGACUGCCAUCAACUUGUAUGAUCGGCAACAAAUUUCAGGGAUGGUUCCUUUAAAACAUUAGAGAAAUGUUAAUUUGGUUUAUUGGUAUUUUCGUGCCUUUUUUUGGAAAACUGAAAAUUCACUUAUUUUAUUUUAUUUUCAAUUACAAUGAAGGAUAAAUGAAAAAAAAAAGGAAUUUCUGGUUGAGUACUA